AUGCUGUUCUUACUACCGCCAUCAUUUUCCACAGCCGCAGCGACUGAUGCUGAGGAUGAUGAUGCUCCAGAUACCGCUACUGCUGGCGAUGUUAGUGGUGAUGCUGAUGAAGGUAGUACGAAGGAUGGGGAGGCCGACGUAAACGAUGUUCUUGAUGUUUCGGCUAUUGAUAGCCGUCGCUCAUUCGGCUCACAUUUGCUCAUCACAUAA